UCAUAACAAUAACAAAUGUAGUUAAGCUAAUUAAUUAAUAUAAUGUCUGAGUUUUUAGCUGAUAAUAAUGUUUGUGGCCAAAGUAUAUUGCUUUUGGUGUCGAGAGGCAAUGCAAUCAUAUCAGAGAUCCUUAGGUUAAAGGAUUACGUUCCAGAUUUAUUCAGAUUAUCCAAGCAGGAUGGACAAAAAUAUGCAGAUAUCAUCCUUGACUUUAGCUACUUCAAGAUAUCGGAGGCUCAGGAGCAGAAAAUUGAGAGCAAUGAGGUGCUGAGAAAUUUGGAUGAGGAAUUCAGGGAUAAUCACAUCGAUAUCAUAAGUCGUUUCUACUUUGCGUUUGAAAGUAUUCACACAUAUAUUAAAGAGCUGAACUGCUACAUUGAUGAGCUGGAAGAUGGAUAUUACAUCCAUCAGAAUAUGGAAACUGUUUUCGCUGAUGUGGAAGGAAAACAAUUAUUGUGUGAAGCUUUGUAUCUUUAUGGAACUAUACUUUUAUUGGUGGACGCUCAUCUCGAAGGAGUCGUUCGGGAACGAUUGUUGGUAUCGUUUUAUCGUUACACGCCUCAAAGUAAUGGCACCGAAAAUUCAAUAGAUGAAAUAUGCAAAUUGUUAAGAGACACUGGUAUUAAUUCAAAGAAAAUUACCAAUUAUCCAGAGGAUUAUUUCAAGCGAAUUCCCAUUAAGGAGAGUUAUGUGGAAUUAGUCUUGGGAAAGUUGAGGUCAGAUGAUGUUUACAAUCAAUUGACUGUGUAUCCAUUGACCAGACACAGAAGCACAGCUCUGGCGAAUCAAGCUGCUAUGCUGUACAUCUGCUUAUUCUUUUCACCUGAAAUUCUACAUACUCAAAACGCUCUGAUGAGAGAAAUCGUGGAUAAAUACUUUCCCGACAAUUGGGUAAUAUCCAUUUAUAUGGGUUUCACUGUGAACUUGGUGGAAAACUGGGAUUCGUUUAAAGCUGCCAAAUUGGCUCUUAGCAAUACGGUGGAAAACGCGAACAUAAAACAUCAUUCGGAUAGGAACGGGAGGGUUGUUAAGGAACUCUUGAACGAAACGACAAUGUUGCUGAAAGAAGGAACUGUAACCAGAGAUAAUUUGCUGCAAAAUAUUAAUAAGAUUGUAAACGUGGUCAGAGAUUGUAAUGUAGCAAUUCGCUGGUUGAUGCUGCACGCUAUCUGCAAGCAAGGAAAAGUCGAGAAAAAUAAGAAAUGCAAGCAGUUGAGGGAUUUGGUAAUUGCCGAUUCUAAAUAUGAAGCGGUAAUCGUUUUUAAAUUGCUUUUGAAUACUUCGCAACUGGAGUUGCUUAUCAAAGAUAUCUACAAGAAUUUGAUAAACGAGAAGGAGAAGCGUUGGGAGGAGUUGAAGAAGGAGAGCUACGAGAUGUUGGUGGAACUCUCGGAGAUUUUUAGCGGAGAAAAACCUUUGACUCGCAUACAGAAAAAUACGAAUUUGAAAAAUUGGUUCCUGGAAAUCUCCAAGCAGGUGGACAGUUUGGAUCCAAACUUGGAGAACGCUUCAGUGAAAAUAGAUCAGUUGAUACAAGCGUUGGAGGAGGUGCAGGAGUUUCAUCAGCUCUCUUCGAAUAUGCAGAUCAUCCAAUUCUUAUCCGAUACGAAAAGGUGUUUGAAUCAUAUGAUCAGGAACAUGAAGGUCAAAGAGGACGUAUUGAUCACGCUGCAGAUCAUCGGGGAUAUAUGUUACGCCUGGGAUUUAAUCGAUUCUUAUACGCCUAUAAUGCAAUUGGGAAUUAAACGCGAGCCGACUCUCGUGAUCAAAUUACGCGCCGUCUUCUUAAAAUUAGGCUCGGCGCUGGAGAUACCACUCCUUAGGAUAAACCAAGCGCACAGCGAAGAUCUGAUCUCGGUGUCGCAGUACUACAGUAGGGAGCUGGAGAUCUACAUCAGGAUGGUGCUGCAGAUCAUCCCAAACGCAAUGUUCGAGAAGAUGGCCAGAGUCAUCGAGAUACAGACGUGCAUCUUGAAGGAGCUGCCGACCAAAUUGGAGAAGGACAAGAUCAAGGAGUACGCGCAGCUGAACGAGCGCUUCGAGUUUGCCGAGUUGACCCAUUCGAUUUCCGUAUUCAGUCAAGGAAUGCGCAUGAUGAAAACCACUUUGGUUGGAGUCGUGUAUUUGGAUCCGAAGAUGCUGCUCGAGGAUGGCAUCCGUAAGGAAUUGGUCCAGCAUAUUUCGAAAGCGUUGCACUGCGAAUUGAUUUUCAGCGCUAAAAUGAAACCCGACGAGUUGGAGCAGCGAUUGCGGAGUUUAGGCAACAUUAUGGAUGGAUACAAGCGUUCUUUUGAAUACAUACAAGAUUACGUGAACAUAAAUGGAUUAAAGAUUUGGCAAGAGGAGGUGACUCGCAUUAUAAAUUACAACGUCGAAAGGGAGUGCAACGGUUUCCUGAGGAAUAAAGUUCACGAUUGGGAAAGCUCUUUUCAGAGUCGCUACGUGCCGAUACCUCACUACGCGCCGACAGAUUCAGUGAGCGAGAAUUUCAUCGGAAGAUUGGCGAGAGAAAUAUUAAGAAUCACUGAUCCUAAGUCUACAAUCUACAUUGCACAGACCUCUACCUGGUACGACAUCAAAUCUCAAAAGAUGAUUGCAAACAAGCAGUUGAUCUCGUUGAUCGCUUCCGGUAUUGAAGUUACCGGUUUGGUCGGCUUGGAUCGUCUGUUUUCUUUUAUGAUCAUCACCAAUUUGAAGAACAUUUUAGGGAUAUUGGAGAAUAAGGAUAAAAGGAACGCGUCCUGGCACAAUAUAUUAACGCUGAUCAGCAGCGAAAUAAAGUCGACGAACACGUUAUCGAAUCCGAGCAAGUUUUAUCAGAACAGCAUCAGCCGGUCGUCGAAGCUCUUCGGUCCUUUGCUGGAUCACAUCCUGGCCGUCGGUCAACUGCAAAUACUGAGGAAACUGAUCGCCUUCCAUCUGAACACUCGGUCAAAGUUCGACGCCAAAUACUUGGAAUCUUCGCUGAACUCGAUGAACAAGGCUUUGUUAAUCGAAAUGAGUAACCCCAACGAAUCGAAGAUAUCCGAAGAACUUCUGCUGAAACUCUCUCAAUAUUUCGAUUAUUCCGGCCUGAACAAUCCUUUCUACAAGGUUUACGUAACCGGGAAAUGCAACGAAGAGUACGCCAUGAAUUUGUUUGUUUUCACCAUCUCUUAUUUACCCAGGAUGUUCCUGUACGGAUGCUCAAAUGUGCUCAAACGGAAUUUCGAAUUCGAUGGUGCUAUAUUCGUGAACGGUCUGCAUACAUUGCUGAAGCAAUUCCAUACGGAUCUGAACAAGAAAUUCAUCUACCACCUGUGCCAAUACGUGUUGCAAUUAACCAAGCAGGCGAUAACGACACGCAACACCGACCUACCAAUCGAGAGCCAAACCGCUGUCAGCUUUCUGGACGGUCUUUCCGCGCACAGCAAACAGUCCAACGAUUACUUCAAGCUCUACAUUCCCGAAGAACUGCUGCAGCUGUAUUACUCCAUCUUCAAUGCGAAUUGAUACAUAAUCAUCAUCAUAAACGCGGAGAUCAACAGCUGCUCCAAUUGUUUCUAUCUGUAUGUCAGAUUAGAUUCAUAUUACGGCCGCUCCGCAGUGCAUGCGUUCUAUGGAAGGAGGAGAGAGACACAGAGCGGCGAACUUUCAUAGCAACCACUAACCACUCGAAACUUUGUUAAUAUUUACUUAUGUAUGUGGGCCUCCUGUUCCGAAAUUAAUUUCAUAAAAGGGGAACGAGUUUUUAAUGGAACUUUCGCGCCACCCCUUCA